UAAACGCACAAAUACUGUUGGUGCCAUUUUGAGCACUUAACAGUGACCAUAUUGAGUACUGCAGUGCCAUUUUGAGUUUAACAUUACCCUUUUUACAUCAGCGUGGCAACGCAAUUUUUUAGGUGAAAAAAUUAUUAAAGUCGUUGUUAAAGAAAAACAGAGUGCAAAAAACAGCAGCAAAUACACACAAUUAAUAAAGCGAAAGCAAGAUAAAAGCAAAGCAAGCGUGUGCUGCCGCCCCAUUUCUUAGCCAACAAGCCCGAAAGUGUCACCGCCAAGACGUACGUGCGAAAAAUGUUUUGGGACAAGGGUUAUGCGCCCUCUGCUAAUAUAGAGGCGCUGCUCGAGAAGGAGAAUUCCACUGUGGAGGAAUUCCUGGACGAGGAGGAUAUAUUGCAGGAAUGUAAAACGCAUAAAAAGAAUUUGGUCAACUAUUUUACACGACCAGAAGUGAUUCGUCGCCUGGUCGAGCUCAUCACAACGGAACCAUCAGAAGAUUUACCGAUGUCGCAGCGUUUCCACUACGCAAACAUGUCAUGUGAGAUACUCACAAUUGGUCUACCCUCGCUGGAUGAGAAAUUACUCUCGGAUGCGGAUACAUUGCAAUUGCUGUAUUCAUAUUUGAAAAAAGAACCACCGUUAAAUUCAUUGCUAUCAUCGUUUUUUAGUAAAACAUUUAGCAUGCUCUUUACGAAAAAGCCAGAACAAGAUUGGUUUUUGUAUCAACAUAUGUGCCUACAAUUUUUGGAGUAUAUUAAAGCGCAGAAGAACUUUUUGGAUUACAUUUGUAAACACUUCGACACACCUGUUAUACCCGAUCUGAUCAUGCAAAUGAUGAAGGAAAUCGAUGGUGGUCAACUGAAGCGCAACCUAUACGAAUGGUUAACUGAAGACAAAAUUGUUGAGAGACUGAUUGCAAUAUUGCGUAAUCCUCUGGAGACCGAUAAGCAUGCAAAUGUUGCGGACUUUUUCUGUGAUCUUAUUAAUCAGGGCCGUCUAAUGCGUCAAACGGAGCAGGAGAAUGAUUCAUUUGAGCCGGCCUUUGAUGGGUCAAAUCCCAUAUUGCGCACGAUUGAAUCUGCACAGACAAUUGAAGCCUUGUUAAAUGUGAUUUUGGAACCAAACGCUCUAGAGAGCGCCAUCUUAUCAGGAAUAUCGGUUGUACUUACGCUUAUCAAGCCCCUUACAUUCACUUAUGAGCCGACUUCGGAUCGCCAGCGUUUGCUGCAGAAACGCGAGAGAGAAUUCCAUCAGGAAGUUCAAGAGACUGUGAUUGUGGUGAUGGCGCCUCGCUUACAUGAAUUUGUGCAUUUGCUGAAAAAUCCGCCAGCGAAACCACAAUUGGAGACCGCAGCUGCGAUUCUUACUCCUCCAUUUGGCAAAACGCGCCUACAAGUCUGUCGUGUAUUCACCGCUCUGCUAGAGACCAAACACGAGACCAUUCAACAGGCCAUCUGUGCCACCGAAUACUUUUCUCUACUGCUGGACUUUUUCAAGGAAUACUGCUGGAAUAAUUUUCUUCACAGUGAACUGGAGAAGGCAUUGCAUUUGGUCUUUUAUAAUGAGCUCAAGAACAAUAAUACCACUUCUACGGAAUGCACCGAAAUAUUCCCGGAUGAUUAUAUGUUCAAUUGCUUAUUGAAGUUUGCCAAUGAUGGCUUGGGCAUGACCACAACCGAGGUGGAAAUGAAGAAUGCUUUGAACGAUGUAAAGCGAGCCGAGGGCGGCAAAGAGAAUCCAACAACAGAAAUUGAAUUCGAGGCGGCAGCAGCUCAGCAAGAAGCUGAAGCUGAAGCAGAAGCAGCCACCACCACAAAAGCUGCCAAUGAAGUUGAAGAGGCCAACGAAGUGGAGGGCACGCAGGAAAAUCACAUUGAAAACAAAGCGAACGAUGAACCUGCCUCUACUGCUGCUCCUAAUGAUAACCAAGCAGAGCCAAAUACGACGACUGAUGCCACUCAGGCAACGCUCAACGAUUUGGACAAGACCAAAGCGCCAAUAAACAACCCGCCCACUGAGAUGCAAACAUAUCUGAUUGUCAAUUGCCAAUUGGUGACCAAAUUGGUUAAUUAUUGGCGGCACAAUGCAGAGGCGCAAUCUGCUGAGAAGGGUCGUCGGCUGGGCUAUAUGGGCCAUCUGAUCAAGAUAAUCAGACAUAUUACGAAUUGUAUAUCGGAAUCUGAACAUAUCGCUAGCCUGAUUGCUUCUAGUUUUGACAACGAGGCGGACCAGCAGCUCUGGCAAUCGCUAAUCGCCGAGGAAGGAGAAUUUACCGUGGCCGUCGCACAGCAAAAUAAGCUGUUGGCCAAUUGCAAUCCGCACGAGGAUAACGAGUAUAAUGCGGAUAACUCGAAAGAUUUCCUGGGUGAAGCUAAUACUUGGGACACUGGCGCCACAUCGUACAGCAAUGUUUGCUAUAGUGAUCUGGAUAAUACGGACGUCGUCUUCACAAUGGACAAUGAUCAUAGCCUGUUUCAGUUUGGUCGCAACAUCGACGACGACGACGAUGAUGAUGAUGAUGAGCACGGGGGCAGCGGGGGCGAUGGCCAUAGCCAUGGCAUGUUUACCAAGAAUUCGACAACGCUCAACAAUUUGGCAGCCGAUGCCUGGGAUAUGGAUGUACAAUUCGCUGAUAUGACUGGCUGUAAUUCGCACUCGAAUGUUGUAAAUACCGGCACCUCCAGCUGGGGCAACGAUUUCAAUAGCGACAACUUUGCCGAUUUCGAUGCACAUUUCAGCAGCUUUAGCAGCGAUCUGGGCUUGCCUCAUACCCAGGCGCCUUUGAAUGAUGCAGCACAGUCUACGAGCGAUGGCUCGGACCAGCAUCGAACGCUGAACGAGGACGAUGUAUCUAUGACUGCAACCAAUAAUCAGCAAUCAAUCGUCAACAGUGAUGACCAGCAAGCGGAGUACGACAACAAUGCCAACGUAGAGAAGGCAGCUAGCGAUAAGCUGCAGGAACUAAACGAUGCUGAUGCAUCCGUCACCACGGCAGCCACAUCGAUUGUAAGUCAAUUGCAAUCGGUGCUGCUCGCCGGCGAAGAUGAUUAUGAGGAUGAUGAGGGCAUGUGGACCAAGCCUCUAGGCGGCAGCAAUCAGUCUGAAACAAUGGCCACCGAUCCACAGACAACACUCAUCACGAACGGACCCCAUAAAAUUGCCGAAUUCAACCAUGCCAACGAUAACAACAGCAGCAACAGCAGCAGCGAUAGCACCGGCAGCAGCAACAGCAACAACAGCAAAGCACGCGACGACAGCAACAUCACAAUUGAAGCAGAAUCGGAGCAGCAGCCAAAGAAGUCGGAGAGCAUAGCUACGGCUGCCACGAAAAAUGCGGAAAUUGCAACAACGACAACAUAAAUGUGCCGAUACACUCACGCUCGCACACGCAUCCACCUACA